UUUAAAAAAAAGAAAAAAAAAAACAAAAAAAAAAACAAUUGUAUGGUGAAUGGUUGCAGGAAUGUUCAUUUCCUUUUGCAAUUAUUUUGAUGCCACAUUAAUCAAUGGUGCGCCCUACGAUUCAACAGGAAAUGACCACAAUGGUGGAAGCUACGCUGGCGUUCUGCCUGUACCAGAAGAAUCCGACGGUACGCCACAGAACUCCACACAGAACUCCAGUACUCAACCUUGCAUCUGGUCAGAAGGCGAAUCCAAGCUUCUUCUUGCCCUCUACUCUCGAUAUUUCCCAGAGAUUGGACCAUUUAAACGUUUUAAGACAAGAAAACACAUGUUUAUUAAAAUUGCUGAAGAGAUAAAUGAGAGGAUGAACUCCCACUACACUGCACAGCAAUGUGACACACGUUUCAAAACCCUCAAGAAAAGAAAAACCAAGGUUGUGGACAGCAAUGGAAAAAGUGGAGCAACGCGGCAACACAUAGAGUUUGAAGAAGAGUUCAAUCUCAUCAGGGCAGCCGAUGACAGUGUGGAGCCGGAAGUGAUGAUGGGCGUUUCUCAGGCCGUAUACAAACAAACGACUCUACAUGCACCAGCCUCCUCCACAGAAAAUCCUAGACCAUCAACAUCAGCAGAAUGUACCACCCUAAAAAAGCCACCCUGUCCACGGCAGAACCCUGAGCGCAUGCGGCAUAUGGAACACUUUUUUUCAAAAAUGGAGGAUCUCAGAAAAAAAAAAGAUGAAGCACGUGCCUGCAAGGAGGAAAGACGCGAAGAAAGACGUGUGGAGCGCGAUCUGCGUAGAGAAGAGCGGGAAAAGAAGAGAGAGGAUCGUGCAAAACAGCGUCAAGAGCGGCACCAAAAUCUUCUUGGCAUGCUGGAGCGAGUGCUGGACACCAUGAACACUGCAAAGUGA